AUGGAUUUUAGCCUUCUUAGGGUGCUGCCUUUACACAAACAUCCAGAAUAUUUAAAACAGUGCUGCGAAAUGAUCAAUGAAGAAUGGCCUCGCAGCGAAACUGCAAGGAUGAUGUCACUGCAGGCAUCAUGCGAUUUUUUACCCACGAGUUUGAUACUUGUUAAUGAUAGAGAUAUGUUAUUAGGGCACUGCAAGUUAACUCGGAUUCCGAGUUUGCCAAGAAGUUGUUUUGUAGAAACUGUUGUGAUAACUAAAACAAUGCGCGGAAAGAAGCUGGGUACAUUUCUCAUGAACAAAGUCGAGGAAUAUUGUAAGAAAAUGUUACGUUUGGAAAUGGUACAUUUAUCCACGAAAGGCCAGGAAGACUUCUACUCUAAAUUAGGUUAUGUUAUUUGCCCACCAAUAUCAAUAUAUGGAAACUAUACUCCAAACUUUGUAUCGCCAAAUAUGAUUACUCAAAAUGACAGUGCAGUACCAAAAGCGAACAUCGAUACUGAUGACAUUGCUCUAACUCAACCACCCCCACCCCCACCGAUGCCAAAAUGUGAUAAUAUUAAGAAAGAUAACUCUUUAAGGUCUAAUAAAACUUUUAUGUUUAAAUAUUUGCUUUAA